AUGCCCACAAUACUCCUCACCAACCAGCCUUCCACAAGUUUUAGCAACAACAACAACACCACCACUAAUUCCUUCUCUCAAACACAACAAACACCUCUGUUCAUAUUUGAUAGCAUCAAACGAAAUGAUUUUGAACAGGUCAAACUCUUUAUACAGCAAAAUCCAAGCCUUUUGACGUGUGUUGAUGAUUCCGAUCAACUCAAUACUCCUCUGCAUGUUUCUUGUCAAUGCAAUCACGAACAAAUUGCAUUGUUUUUACUCGAUAGAAUUCAGUCCAUGAUGCCUACAUUGGGAUAUUUAUUAACUCAAGAGAAUGGAUCGAAACAAUCUGCGAUAAUGCUGGCAAGUCCACGCCUGCGAGGAAUGAUGAAGGCUAGUAUGGAAAUAUUCAAGAUGAAGAAAUUGCUGCUCGAAAAAUAUAAAUCCAAGACCCAUUCGACGUUGUCACAAAACAACAGCAAUGAGCUCAACUUCUCUUCGUCAGCUACAACAUCAUCGGUGGACAGCAUUGAGAAUGUACGAAAAGAGACACAAAAAUUGUACGAAAUGAUGCAAUAA